AUGGCUUUCCUCCCUGGAAACUCCUCUGACUGCUCCAACUGCACCCACUCUGUGGGGCCUGUGAACGUUACAAAGGCCAUUUUACUAGGUGUUAUUCUAGGGGGGCUGAUUGUUUUUGGGGUUUUGGGUAAUAUCCUGGUGAUUCUCUCUGUAGCCUGCCACAGACACCUUCAGAGUGUUACCCACUAUUACAUCAUUAACCUGGCUAUAGCUGACCUCCUCUUGACUUCCACUGUCCUGCCCUUCUCAGCUACUAUGGAGAUUUUGGGCUACUGGGUCUUUGGGAGGAUCUUCUGCAACAUCUGGGCAGCUGUUGACGUCCUUUGCUGCACUGCUUCCAUUAUGAGCCUCUGUAUCAUCUCGAUAGAUAGAUACAUUGGGGUGAGCUACCCACUGAGAUACCCAAGUAUAGUGACAGAGAAGAGGGGUCUCCUGGCGUUACUGUGUGUUUGGGCAUUGUCCCUGGUGAUAUCAAUUGGACCUCUUUUUGGCUGGAAGGAACCAGCACCAGAAGAUGAGACCAUCUGUCAAAUCACUGAGGAGCCUGGCUACGUGUUGUUCUCUGCUCUAGGCUCCUUCUACCUCCCCCUGACUAUUAUCUUGGUGAUGUAUUGCCGAGUAUAUGUAGUGGCCAAAAGGGAAAACAAAGGUCUCACUUCUGGUCUGAAGACAGAGAGAUCUCGUUCUGAAGAAGUCACCCUACGGAUCCACCGUAAAAAUGCUCCUGAAGCGAGCGGGUCAGCAUCCAACCCCAAGAGCAAGCACCACUUCUCAGUGCGGCUCCUCAAGUUCUCCAGGGAAAAGAAAGCUGCCAAGACCCUGGGAAUAGUGGUGGGAUGCUUCGUUCUCUGCUGGCUUCCAUUUUUUGUAGUAAUGCCUCUUGGUUCUUUCUUUCCUGCAAUCAAACCCCCGGACACACUCUUUAAAAUAACAUUUUGGCUUGGCUAUUUAAACAGCUGCAUCAACCCCAUCAUCUAUCCCUGCUCAAGCCAAGAGUUUAAGAAAGCCUUCCAAAAUGUCCUGAGAGCGCAGUGCCUCCAGAGGAAGCAAGCAACAAAGAAGCAAUCCCCAAGCUUCAACCUCAACCAUCCCACUGGCCAAAGCACAGAAAGUGGCAAAGGUGUGGUCCGGAUCCCUGCUGGCUCAGGAGAAACCUUCUAUAAGAUCUCCAAGUCGGAUGGGGUCUGUGAAUGGAAGAUUUUCUCGGCUGUGCAGAGCAUGCCUGCCAGAAAUGCAGUUUCUAAAGACUGUACUGCUGCCAAAGUGAAAAGUAAAGGUUUCCUCCAGGAAUGCUGCUGUGCAGGCACUUCAAGGAACCUUGUCCAUGAAAACUGCAAAGUGCCAACCAUUAAAAUACACACCAUGUCCCUCAGUGAAAAUGGGGAGGACGUCUAA